AUGAAGCCCAUUCUUUCUUUUUUGCUUCUUGUCUUUGUGGGCGUGGCCGCUGCUUGGUCUAAAGAUGACUACGAGAUCUUCUCCCUGAGAGACGACGUCUCAACUUCCGAAGGUGCUAAUGUGACCUUCUACGAUUUCCUCGAAAUCCCCCCCAACGCAAACCAAGACACAAUCAUCAAAGCCCACCGCAAAAAAUCCCGAACCCUCCACCCAGACAAGGUGAAGCGCGCCUUCAUCGCAAACUACUCAAAAGACAAGUCCAAAUCAACCAAGGGCUCCCAACCCGGCGUGAACGUGAACAAAGGCCCCAGCAAGCGCGAAAUCGAAUCCGCCGUAAAAGAAGCAAAUAUCCGCUCCGCCCGCCUAAACCUAGUCGCCAAUGUCCUCAAGGGUCCCGGCCGCGAACGCUACGACCAUUUCCUAACCCAUGGCUUCCCCCUCUGGAAGGGAACGGGAUACUACUACAACCGUUUUCGCCCAGGUCUGGGAUCUGUGUUGGUGGGAUUAUUCUUCGUUUUCGGUGGCGCUGGGCAUUACGGUGCGCUGAUUCUGGGUUGGAAACGGCAGCGUGAAUUCGUUGAUCGGUAUAUUCGUCAAGCACGGAGGGCUGCUUGGGGCGAUGAACUUGGCGUGCGUGGGUUGGGCGGUGGUCUUGACUCGAUUGGCGGUGCCACUGCUCCGGCGCCUACUUCUGCCCCUGAAUCUGGCUCCGAGCAACAGGGCGCUGUCGCUAUGAACCGUCGUCAGAAGCGCAUGAUGGAUAAGGAGAAUCGUACCAAGGAGAAGAAAGCUCCCCGAGCUCGUCCUGCGCCUGCUUCUGCUUCUGCGUCGGGAACUUCGACUCCCACGGAGGGUGGUCCUGCUACGUCUACGGGCGAGCGAAAGCGCGUCGUUGCGGAGAACGGAAAGGUUCUCAUCGUCGACUCUAUUGGGAAUGUUUUCCUAGAAGAGGAGAAUGAGGAGGGUGAGCGGAAGGAGUUCUUGCUUGAUAUUGAUGAGAUUCAUCGGCCGGCUAUUACGGAGACGAUGGUCUUUAAGUUGCCUGUUUGGUGCUUUAAUAAGACUGUCGGUCGUAUUCUGGGUUCGGCGGAUUCCACUCUGGAAGGAGAGGAGGAGGAGGAGGUUGAUGAGGAUGCUGAGACUUUGGCGGAGACUACUGCUACGUCGAAUACUCGGUCCAGGAGACGUGGGAAGCGCUCGCAGCGGUCAUAG